CUCAGCGUUGUGAUUAACGUCAAACUGUUAGAAUGCCCUAUGAUAAAAAAAUAAUAAAUUUAUAUAAUGAAUGUACCAAGUAAUUUUAUUUUUUGGGUGUAAAAUUUUUAUUGAAAAACAUAUAAUUUGGAAUGAGAUGGAAGUAAAACAAGAAUUUAGUGACGACACCUGCAAAAUCGAAAUAUAUUGUAAUAAGGUAGAUGAUGCUCUUUUAGAUGGCUUGAAAAGUGAAAUUAAAGAGAAUCCUAGUGGAGAAACUACUCAUAAUCCAUGUAAUUAUGUAGAUUUACAGGAAUUCUCCUUAAAAACUUCCAUAGAAGAUGAAAAUCAACUGAUGUUAUUGGAAGAAAAACAAUCAAAUAUAGACUUUCCUGAAGAUGCGGAUGCUAUGGAAGUUAUGAAAUCAAUAGAUGAAGAUUUGUCUAAUAAAGAACAGCCUGUCAGUCAACCUCCAGAAGAAAAAACAUUGAAAUGUGCAAUUUGUGAUAAACAGUUCCUUAAAAAAUUAUAUUUAAAUCGUCAUAUGAAAACUCACACUGGGAAAAAACCUUUCAAGUGUGAAAUUUGCUUUAAGCAGUUUGGGCAAAAAACUUAUUUGAAAACACAUAUGACAGUGCAUACUGGAGAAAAGCCGUACCAGUGUGAAAUUUGUUUUAAGCAAUUUAUUCAAGCAGGAAAUUUGAAAAUACAUUUGAGGGUGCAUACCGGAGAAAAGCCGUAUAAGUGUGAAAUUUGUUUUAAGGAAUUUAGCCAAGCAAAUAGUUUCCAAACACAUUUGAGGGUGCAUAGUGGGGAAAAAGCUUACAAGUGUGAACUUUGUUCUAAGCAAUUUACUACAGCACAACAUUUAAAAUAUCAUAUAAGAACGCACACUGGAGAAAAACCAUACCAGUGUGAAAUUUGUUUUAAGCACUUUCUUAAUAGGUCAAAAUUGAAGAAUCAUUUGAGGGUGCACACUGGAGAAACGUCUUACAAGUGUGAAAUUUGUUUGAAGACGUUGACUACAGCAAGAACCUUGAAAAGUCAUAUGAUUUUGCACACUGGAGAAAAACCGUACCAGUGUGAAAUUUGUUUUAAGCAAUUUGUUAAAAGGUCAACAUUGAAGAAUCAUGUGAGACUUCACACUGGAGAAAAACUUUGCCAGUGUGAAAUUUGUUUCAAAUCGUUUACUCAAGCAUCCGAUUUGAAAACACAUAUGAACGUGCACAUUGAAGAAAAACCAUAUAAGUGUGAAAUUUGUUUUAAGAAGUUUACGCAAGCGAGUAAUUUGAAUAGACAUAUGAAAGUGCACACCGAAGAUAAACCAUACGAGUGUGAAAUUUGUUGUAAGCAAUUUCGUGAAAAAGGAACUUUGAAAUUUCAUUUGAGAUUGCACACUGGAGAAACGCCUUACAAGUGUGACAUUUGUUUUAAGCAGUUUACUCAAGCAAGUCAUUUGAAACCACAUAUGAGGGUGCACACUGGAGAAAUGCCUUAUAAGUGUGAAAUUUGUUUCAAGCAGUUCACUUAUAAAAGCUCUUUGGAUGUUCAUACAAAAGUUCACACAGGAGAAAAACCUUAUAGGUGUGAAAUUUGUUUUAAGCAGUUUUCUCAGAAAGGGCAUUUUGAGAUACAUUUGAGAAUUCAUAAAAGAUAAAACCUUCUAAGUACCGUGUCCACAUUUUAGGCGUGGGUUUUUUUCCUGGAAUCCGUCUGUUGUGAACCGGUCGUACUGUAGCCACUUCGCUUAUUGUACCAUUGUCUUCCAUUCCUUUAUGAAACCCAUUCCAGAAUUCUGGAUCCCUGUACCAGCUUAUACAGGUCCAGCUUAUACAGGUCCAGGAGAAAAACCUUAUAGGUGUGAAAUUUGUUUUAAGCAGUUUUCUCAGAAAGGGCAUUUUUUUGAGAUACAUUUGAGAAUUCAUAAAAGAUAAAACCUUCUAAGUACCGUGUCCAAAUUUUAGGCGUGGGUUUUUUUCCUAGAAUCCGUCUGUUGUGAACCGGUCGUACUGUAGCCACUUCGCUUAUUGUACCAUUCUGAACCUCGGAGGUAAACUACACUAUGUCGACAUGGUGUUUUUUAACAAGUUUUUUAAAUCCACUUUUCUUAAUAGUCGGAUUAUAGAAAUUGAUUAUAUAAUAUCAUUAAAAUAUAGACGUAUUGUCUACCAACCCAUUGUAGCAUAUAUCAGAUUUUUUAAAACAUUCUAAGUGCUCUAAACUUUGUUGCAAACACACGGUAAACACAGUUGCUCGAAAUGACAUAGUGUAGUUUACCUCCGAGGUCCAGCAUUGUCUUCCAUUCCUUUAUGAAACACAUUCCAGAAUUCUGGAUCCCUGUACCAGCUUAUACAGGUCCAGAUGGGUGGGUACCAUAUAUAUUUGGAGUCAUUUUGAUGUCUCCGAAAAGUGUUUGCCGCCUUCGAUCCAAUGCCUCACAGUCAUGCAAGAUAUGGUUGGCUGUAUGCAGGUGACCCUUAACUGGCGCAUGCCCAGUGAGGAAACCUUUUAUAAUUCUGUGCUGAUUCCUGCUUGUUUUCAGCAGAAAUUCAGCCCUUCUAGCAUAUGUCCGUUUGAUAUACAUCUUGCCAUGUGUUUGACCGGAUAUACUCUCUCUGUGUGGGUUAUGUUAAAUUCGGAUCUAGGCUUUUUGGCCUGACAAUUGGCCUGUAUCGUUCUCGCUCUUGCGCGGCAUGUAAUAAUUAAUCUGCUGAUAAGCCAGUCCAUUGACGAAGGUUUCGGAGCCAUCAAUAUUUCUUCCUACCAAUUCCUCUUUUUCCUUCGAUUUUUCCAGUGAAUAUUAACUUUAGUAUCCUGUAUCUGCAACCUCUCAUUAUAUGUCCCAGAUAUUUAAGUUUUCUCGUUUUUAUCAUCUUAAUUAAGUCAUCUUUGCAUUGAACUACUCUGUUUAAGACUUCUCUGUUUGAAAUGCGUUGAACCCAUGAUAUUCUGAGCAUUCUACGAUAUGACCUCAUCUCGAAGGCUUCUAAUUUGUUCAUCAUAUUAACCUUCAUUAUCCAGGUUUCACAUCCAUAUAGUAAUACAUGAUACACAUAGCAUUUUAGGAACUUGAUUCUUAGUUGUAUGUAAGUUCAGCUGAGAAUUGCUCAGAAUGGAUCUGUUUCAUAAAUGCUCCUCUUGCAAUUUCUAUACGAGUUUUGAUUUCUUCAUCCGGAUUUAUUGUGUCAUUUAUCAAACAUCCUAGGUAUUUAAAAUGGUUAACUUUGGUAUCGGUUCAUUACUGACAAUUAGUUGCAUAGGGCCGACGUCUUGUUUACUAACUACAAGUAACUUCGUUUUUGUUGUAUUAAUGCUAAGUCCGUUAUUGGAGCAUUCCCUAGUGACUCAAUCUAUAAGGAAUUGAAGACCUUCGAUACUUAAGCCAUAAUCUGCAUAUCUGAUGUUGUUAAUAGUUUCUCCCCCGAUCCGAACUCCUCGUUGCCCUUUCAAGGCUUCGUUAAAAAUUAUUUCUGAGUUAACGUUAAACAAAAGUGGGGACAACACAUAGCCCUGCCUGACAUCUCUUUGAAUGCAAAUGUUGUCUGUUUAUUUGCUGUUUACCAGGAUAGAAGCUUCUUGAUUCCAAUAUAUGUGUUGUAAAAGUCUCAGAUCUUUAUCAUCUAUUCAAAUCAUUUCUAGAUAUUCAAACAGCCUAUCAUGUUGAACCCUAUCAAAUGUCUUCUCAAAAUCUAUAAAGCAGAUUUAAAUUGUUUCUGCACUUCACAUGAUCGUUGAAGUAACGUUCCAAGUAAAACCUUACAUAAGUGUGAAAUUUGUUUUAAGCAGUUUACGCAGACAAGCAAUAGGGCUUUUCAACGAUUCUCAUUAGUUUCGAACUUCUAUCAUAUGUUGUAUCUCUCUCUUCAAUCCUGACCCCCGGAGGGAGUGUAGUAGUCGACGUGAUGUCGUGUAUUGUCCGUCUCCAAAGAUCUGUCUCUGGUCAUUUCUUUUAACUCAUGCAUAGGUCUUUUGCAUAUUCUUGUGAUUUCAGAUCAUAUAAUACACAGAUUAUACAACAAACUACAUACAUGUUGUAUAAUAUGUGUAUAAUAUUAAUAUACGGCAUAAAUAUGCACCACCGGACACCGAAAUAUGACUGAAGCUCGAAACAAAUGAGAAUCGUUGAAAAGCUCUGGUUGAAUAGACAUAUGAAAGCGCACACCGAAGAUAAACCAUACGAGUGCGAAAUUUGUUGUAAGCAAUUUCGUGAAAAAGGAAUUUUGAAAUUUCAUUUGAGAUUGCACACUGGAGAAAAGCCUUACAAGUGUGGAAUUUGUUUUAAGCAGUUUACUCAAGCAAGUCAUUUGAAACCACAUAUGAGGGUGCACACUGGAAAAAAGUCUUAUACGUGUGAAAUUUGUUUCAAACAGUUCACUUAUUAGUCCAUGUGGUGAGACCGCUCCCGUCUGAAAAAAAUUUCUGAUUCGGUUUCUUUGUGGAUUCCCAUUCAAAAAUGUCCCCUUUAAACAAAUCGGAAGGGUGCCGGGCGGAAUUUUUGGGCAGAAAUUGUUUAAACAAUUUUUUUAAACAAAUACAAAAGAUCAUGUUUUCUUGCUCUGGAAUAUAUAUUUUUAGAUUUUUUGGUUCAAUCUAAACAAGAAAGGUAUCUUGUAAUUUUUCUCAGAAAUUGAUAGUUUUGGAGUUAUAGGCGAUUUAAAAUCUGAAA